AAAACAACAAACCUCAUCCAAAAGACCAAAACUCAAAAUUACAGACAUUUUUUUUCAAAUACAUUUCCAUCCAAUCAUAUUAGGAAUUCCGACAUAUUCCAACUUUCGAUUCCUCCGCCAAGAGAUAUCGGUUGCAUCUGCAAAUUCACACAAGUUUCUCUUAAAGCCGCAAGUCAUAUCUUCAAUUUCUGGAGUUUUCGUCGAAUCAGACAUUGAGAUUGUGAUUGAAGCCUGGAUUUUGAUAGAAAUACAUCAUGAAGUACAUGGAAUACACUCCUCUUGACAAAAUUAAUGAUUUCUUGAGUCAUGUAACUCUUGGACAACGUACAAUUGAAGGAUGCUUGGAAGCUUACUCUUGCAAACAUACCGGAACAGAUAAGAAGCUCUCUCUCAGCUUGGAGAAUGAGAUUCUUGAUCAUCUUGGAAAGUCUUUGGAUACCGACUCUUCUUCACCUGAUGAAUAUCUUCUUAGUAGCUCUAGCCGGAAGACAUUGAUUUAUCUUCUUCUUAUUCUUCAUCGCAUGUAUCCUGACUUCGCUUUCAGUGCAGCCAGAGUUCACGAAUUUUUCACUGAAGAAAGCUGGGACAGUUUUAAGCAGAUAUUUAAUGUUUACAUGCUCGAAGCUUCAAAGGAGUGGUCUGAGGAGUUCGAAGGAGAUUCCUUGCUUGCGACCUUACACAAGGCUUUAGAUGAGGUCUUAAAAGUGUCAGAAUGUGAAAUCUACAGCUACAACCCCGAUUCUGAUGCAGAUCCAUUCCUGGAGAAAGGAGCCAUAUGGUCAUACCAUUUCUUCUUCUACAAUAGAAAGCUCAAGCGCGUUGUUAGCUUUCGUUUCAGCUGUUUAAGCUCCUUGGUUAGUGAAGGCUUUCAUCUUGAUGAGCCGAGUCUAGUGGAAGACGGAGAAAUAUUUGAUGACAUGGACAUAUGAUGAAGCAAUCUCUAUAAUCAUGUGACUGUAUAAAUCUUGGAAAAAAUCUUGUAUCAAAAUCAAAACUGUUGAUGUGUAUGUAGGCUGGGCAGUAUGUAGGGUGUGUAUUCUUUUGUUUCUAGUAGUGCUUUACGCCGUUUCUCGUAUGUGAAUACCAGUUGCACUGUAAGAGGAUGCAGAUGCCCCACUGCUUCCUGUAUCUUGUUUGUAACUUGCAGAUUGUUGCUUGUUGUCAUAUAAAUCCCAAUAUUUGCCCUUUUGUUGUUGCUUAA